GCUGUUCAUUUUAAUGUGUCAAGUCUCUCACACUCACUUCACCUCAAUAUCUUGUUAAACUUAAGCAUCUCAUAUUACUUCGUUUCUCAUUUUUUUCUAGGCUUUGGCAGCAAAUUCUAUGGUCAAAGCCUAAUUAUGAUUGAGAUAAACAUUGAGCAUAACAUGUUGCAGUAACUCCUCCAAUGUAUGCUAACUUCGGAGUCCUGGUCUCAAUACUAGGUUUUUUUUACAGGAGCAAAUUGCAGAGCAUGGCUUUAGUCUAGCCUUGGAUUCACAACCCUGAUGCAUGCUCAGAGAGGUGGGCAUGUGAUCCACGCUGCUUACCUUGUCUCGGCCUGGCGCUACUAGAAGACAAACGCCUCAACAAAGCCGUUUCGCUAUAGCUUUGAAGACAGUCUGGUCAUGACUGGCCUGAGGAAGAGAAAUAACAAUGGGGCGGCUUAUAUCACUACUAGUAUGGUGCACAGCGGAGAGAGUGAAGGGGACAGCGGCUUUGUGACCCCUGAUAGCACAACAAGCUGUGGUGACAAGAAACCAGAGCGUUGCAGCUGCAAAGCACAGCACGUGGUGGCAGAAGAGGUGCUGUCUCACAGCAAAGAUGGCCGCUUCUAUCUUGGCACCGUCAUUCAAGUGGAUGAAGUUGAGCAGCAAUGUCUCGUCCAGUUUGCUGAUGAUACUGCACACUGGUCACUCUACAAAGAUUUGCGUACCCUCAGGCAGCCCACACCUGCGGAGACGUGCUGUGUUGUGUGUAAUUCAAACAAGACUUGUGGUGACAACUGCUUUGUUGAAUGCUGUACAUGUCAUCAGGGUUACCACCAGACUUGUGCUAAGCCUCCUGUGCAUGACGGACGGUCACAAGGAAAAUGGACUUGUGAACUUUGUAUAUCAGCUUGCUUACUAUCUAAUAAGACCGAUAAAUCUUCUGCUGCUCAUGUCUGCCAACACAAAACAUCGCAAACUUUUGUCCGUCCAGACGAAUAUGAUAGACAGAAAUUAUCAUACAAGUUAGAGUCUCUUCACUGGGAUGCUGGUCAUAAAAUGAACAAGGAGCAGACAUACUGCUACUGCGGGGGCCCCGGCGAGUGGUACAACCGUAUGCUGCAGUGCCGGCGAUGUCUUCAGUGGUUCCAUGAGGCGUGCAUUGACUCGCUUCAUUACAACCUAAUAUACGGUGACAGGUUCUACGUUUUUGUGUGUCACUGUUGCAACGAGAAUUUCGGCGAGUUUGUUCACCGCAUGGACGUGAGUUGGCUGGAUGUAGUGCACUUAGCUCUUUUUAAUCUCACGUUACUGGAGGGUAAGACUUACUUCGACAUCGAGACGUGUAUUCUAAGUUGGAUUAACAACAACUGGGAAAGCCUCCAAGCUCCCCUGGAGCUGCAGAAGGUGUGCGUCGAGGACAGAGGCAGUGAAGUGCUGCGUGUUCUGGAAAGCAACAGGUCCCGCUUUAAAGGCGGCCGUGAGAUGCGCAAGCAAGCGGGUGUUUGGGCUUUGCGUUGUCGCGUACCGCCUCCCGUGCCCUUUGUUUCCCUACCACUCGGUGCUGUGACAGACGAAAACGCCUCCCAACUGCGCCCCUCUCAUCACCGCUCCAACACACACGCUAGCCCACCCCUGCCACGCACAGUGCGCCUCAGGGACGGCAGGAGCCGUGAGGUGCGCGGCAUCAGCAGCUCUUCCAUCCUUAGCCCCGUCAAGAAGCGCGCGCUCGUCCUGCCGCUAUCGUCAUCGUCCUCACUCGUGCAUCACCUGCAUGACAAGCUCGGUCGCUCCACGGCCACCUCCGCGUCCGCCGCUCUCGCCUACCGUGCCGGUCAGGGCGAUGCUCCGCUGCAGCAGGAGGAAGCUCAGGAAGCUGCUGCUGGUGACGGUGCAUCAUUACCAAAUGAUGGCGACAGUCACAGAAAAAAUAACAAUAAAAAACGAAAGCGCAAAGGAGAGCUGGAUAAACUAGUCGCGGACGAUGGUUGUCGGAAGAUUAUAGGUGAAGUUACAAAUGAGUUACGAAGACUGCAGAUGUUGACUGGACAAAUCGGGGUAUGGAAGAGACGUGGGCGUCCAAAUAAGAGUUUUUCAAUGUCUGUCGAGAGUACGACGCAGGAAGCUAAUCAUAAAAGCUUGCAUCCUCCUCAGUAUCGUCGCAGUGUCAGCUGUUACUCCUCGUCAUCAAGUGUAGCGGAUGACUCGAGUGACGAUACCUCUUCACGCGGCACUCUAGACUCCUUUAUUCCGCCCUUGUCUAAUUUUGAGGGUCACAAUAACCCAUUCCUUCAUCUUUUUCCAACUUCAAAGGCUCUUCUUAAUACAUCGAGUAGACCUUUUAAAAAGAAACUUAGUGAGAGUGACAUUCGUAUUAAUAAAUGUGGGGAGGUAAAAAGACGGAAGUUCCGCAGAAAAAGAUCUGGGCGCAAUUCGGAAGUGUCGAGUUGCAGCGAAUUUAACGAGGGUGCGGGUGAUGAGUACGCCAUUACUGGUGCUGGUGAGCGUGCGGCCGAGACCAGCGGUCUCGAUAACUGCCUAAAUUACGCCCUCACGGCUUGCUUUGCAGACCCAUCCGCGCUUAAUAAACAUUCAAAGAAUUCUUUCCGCAAGAAUACUGUCGUGUCAGAUUCUCUUGUAUCAUAUUCUGAUCUCAAGUCAAGUGUUAACAAUUAUUUCGGUGCUGCAAACCGCAUUGCCAAUGGUGAAAAAUUCCACGUGUUAGCAAAACGGAUAUGUUGCGAAGGAAAACGAACACAGUACCUAAUAGAGUGGGACGGUCCGAGCUCGUAGUACAAAUGACGCAAUGUUUGCCUCUCGAUGUCCUUUCCAUUCUCCGAUAGCUUCAACUUAUCACUGCCUUCAAAGUGAGUCAUAAACUUAGGUUUAAGAUUCUACUUACUUAUAACUUCGAUGAGGACUUGGCUUAUCCACAAGUUAGACAAUGCAUGAUUGUUGCAUUGAAGAUAACAAAUAUUGCGACUGCUUUAGAUGAAAAUACGCUCGUGCAAGCAAUGUAUCGAAUGUAGAUUGAAAUGUGUGCAUACUGCCUUGUUGCGUUGACAUCUUAGGUUAAUAUCUUAUUGUUGAAACUCUGUUUCUCUCCUUCAUCUCAAGAUGGUCCACUCAAGUACGAAUUAUUACCGAGUUCUUCUUAGAACGCAUUGUAGAACCUCUUAUGUUCUACCUAAGCAGGUUUGCUCUUGAAAUUGUAUAGAUUAGUCCCGUCGCCUACGAGUUUUGAAAGCGCGAGGCUACGUUGUAUGACGUUUUCCAAUAAUUUAUGUUUACUGGUUUCUGUAUUGAAUCUUUAGUGAAUGAACUGAGGGCAGAUCGCUCUCGUUCUUUCUGAAUGUCGAUCGUCCUCUCGCGUGCUCUGCACUUAAAAAUCUUCGAUAUAACAUAAGUUUAAUAUGGCUAUGAAGAAGCAAAAAUUUUUCCAUUUCUUUGCCUAUUUAUUAAUGCCAUCUACAACUAAUCACGAUUUUGGGAGCAAGAUCCUUCUUACUCCCGGAACUGUUGAGUUCUGAACAAAUUUAGUUGAAUUGAGUCAAUAUUUUUAAAUAAAUUGAGUAAAUAAACGUGCUUGAAGUUCUUUUUCAUUUUGAGUUAGAAACUAGAUUUGUUCCGAUGUUCACGUAGUGUAGCUGCUUUGUGAAGUCAAGCUUGGAUAUAUAUUGUUUAAUGCUGCCUUUGCUAUCGUGUAGUUAACAAGGUAUCAUGGUAAGAGGCCACCCACACUCCUCGAGAAAAAUUGUACCUGCUUGGGCGAGUCUUGCAUGUUGAAAUUGAAACUCGUCAUUCGUGAUCUCGGUAACCACUGUUCUUGUGAUCGUUCGUGUAUGAACAAUCGCUGUGGUCUACGUUCUGAUAUGUCCUCGUUUGGCCAUUUGCUGCUCUUCUUGUAAAUUUUAAUUUAUUUUUGUUUUUAUUUUUACGUAAGCCUUUGGUUUUGUAUAAUAAUUGAGUAUUAUUUCUCAUAUGAAAAACUAGUGUAAUUGUGAAAAAAGCUUUUGAUCACUAUUUUUGGGUUACUAUGUUUCUUUUUAUCUGAAAAAAUUUGUGAGUGAAUGCAAGGUAGCAUGUGCUGAAAAUAACCAGUAAUUCGUGUGGAUGAUGUACCGUGUUGCGCGCUGCCGAUGUUAAGGAUGAACUUGUGACCACGAGGUGAUUCCAAUGACUGCGUUUUGAAAUUGUAUGUCAGUGAAGCACCUUAUUCGCCAAAGAAUUUUGCUUAAGUCAUAGUUUAGCUAUUGUUUCAAAUAAUAGGAUAAGUACUGAGCAACAGCCGUGUCGCACUGUCACGCGUGAUUGAUUAUUCAGGACUCGUAAAUAACGCCCGUGUAGUCAAGUUACGGCACGCCCUUUUGUUAUUGCCGGGAAGAAUUGCGUCAGCUGACGCGGUCUGAAAGAAUUGUUGGUCUGCAGGAUUACGUUCAUGGGUAACCACUGAGGUUCCUUCGGCUCAAUCCUGCCUGAGAUAAUCGCUGAUCUGUCCCUAAAACCUACACGCGACGUUAAACUUUUGCUUUUGUUACUUUGUGGACUGAUGCUGCUUGUACAUGUACAGCAUUUGUUGGUGGACUGCGUCUAUUUGUUUGUGCAGUGAACUCUCUGUCUUAAGAUAAGUCUCAUUGAAGAAGGAUGAUGUAAAGUUGUAUACGUGUUUUGACUUAAAAAUGGAAAUAGA